AUGACCCGCGAUAUCCUGAAAGCCGCUAAGUCGGCAUCAAGCGCCAUCGCUGUCAAUCAGAAAUACACUGUUCAAUCUACGGGGAUCUGGGAGCGGAUCCGCCGUACCCUUGCCAUUGCACCCAAUCGCUCGAACGGUGUGCCUUUGAACUCCCAAUAUCGCCUCCCGACCCCGGGAUCUUUGCCACCCCUGUCGUACGACGACCCCGUCACAGUUCCUGCAGGAGACUUAGCAGACAACCCAUACUGGAAACGAGAUGUCCGGAGAAACUAUGCCCAGCUCUCCACCGUAAGCCAGGCUGACGCCGUGGGCCUGCUUACCGUCGGUAGCCAAGCAGCUCCGAAAGAUGAUGUACUGCAAGUCGGAGAUGCUGGACAACAACAACUGGCGACAGUCAAAGAGCAGGGUGAAGAGCGAGGCCUGGCGGCGCUCUUUGAGAAGGAUAACAGGAACAUCCAAGGCGUGCUGAGCGAAAACGGCCUGCCCCCAACACCUUGCAACAUCAACAUGGCCCCCAAGGAGUCACAGUCCAAGUAUGCGCUCGAACAAGAGCAAAGCUACGGCAACGCGUACCCUUGCCGCACCUUUGCUUGA